AUGUCAGUUCCUCUGAGCGCUCUCGCCGGGCCGGCGUACGCCUCGGCGCAGCUGCUUGUGCAGCAGACUGCCUACCAGGUGUCCGACAAGAUCUGGUCCAUUUCUCCCGAGACUUUCGAUCUCGAUAGCGCCGUGCAGGAGUGGGCAAAAGCUGGUGAGAAGAACGCCCAGGGCAAGCCGACGCCCAUUGUCCCUUUGCAAACCCGCGCCGGCGCCGGUACGCUCGCUCUCGGCUACAUUUUCUCCAAGGACUUCGACCUCAGCAAGCGCCAUGUUCCUCAGACGCUUCUGGCUCCAUCCCUCAGCCUACGCCAUCUCCGAGGCGCCCUCGAUCAGCUUAGCCUGCUCUACCGCCUGAGCAGCCCGUUUGUGGCUCACGUCGCUGCCGCCGACUAUGCCGGAAGCGAUGGUCUGAUUGCUGAUUACGAGCCGGCUCUGCAGCUAGCCGAGGAGCUGGGUCUAGGUCUGAUUGCCAGUACAUCUGCUCACGAUGCCCAGCACACAGCGCUCCUUGCUACUCUCCUAGCACAGCUCUUGCCGACUCUGCACGUGUACGAUGGGGUACGCACGGCGCGCGAGUCGCUUAAAGUCCUGGACGUGCUCCCGGCUGCUGGCAUCGCCGACCUUCACGCGCGCCUGGCCCGUGCUGCUAGCACCCUCAACAAGCGCCUUGAUACUGCUGGUAAGGUUAUCGAGCUGCUGCGCCUGUUCAACGCUGAGCUAGGCACCUCGUAUGCCCCAUUUGAGUACCACGGCCACGGGGCCGCAGAGACUGUGCUAGUUGUGUUCGGCAGCAUUGAGGCCCAGCUCGCGAAGCAGGUUGUUGCUUCUCUCGCUGCUCAGGGCCAGCGCGUUGGUGUUGUCAACGUCCGCCUGUACCGCCCCUUCGUCGAGGAGGCUUUCCUCGAAGUGCUGCCCCGGUCGGUGCGCCGCAUCGCUGUCUUCGGUCAGGUGCGCGACGCUGUCGCUGUCGAAGACCCCUCUGUCCAGUCGGUUCUGUACUCUGAUGUCCUGACCGCCGUCACCUUCGCCGACAGCUGGUCGCACGAGCCGGCUGUUGUUGAUGUCAAGUAUGCCGCGUCAGCCGAGCACACUCCGAGCUCCAUCGCUGCCGUCUUCCAGCAUCUCACCACCAAGAACGACCAAGCUGACGCCGUCGUCCUGUCGCUCCCUGCCCUCGAGCAGGCCCGUCAGUACGCCUUUUGGGACGUCGACAACUCUCCUGCUGCCGGUGCUGCUGCUGCGAUUGGCAAGCUGCUGGCUCGCGAUCAGACCAGCAACGUUGCUGUUCACGCCCAGUAUGAUAAUCUCGUGCAGGGUGGCGUUGUACGCACUGAUGUGCGUGUUUCCGAGAAGCCGGUUGAGGCGCCGUUUGCAGUUGAAGAAGCCGACGUUAUUUUCGUCGGCGAAGAGAAGCUGCUGAAGGAUCUGGAUAUCCUUAAGAGCUCCAAGGCGGGCGGCAAACUUAUCAUCAAGCUUCCUGGCCUCAAGGAUGUUGCGGCUGACGCUGAGAAGCGUCUGCCUGCUCAGGCGAGGAGGAAGAUCCAGCAGAAAGGUCUUGAGCUUUAUGCCUUCGACUCUGCUGUUCCUUCACUCGAGAAGAACGCCGAGCUGGCUGCUAUCCUCGCCUUCUUCCAGGUUGCGCAGCCUGAUCAGGAUGCUGCCAAGCUGCUCGACGGGCAGGAUGUCUCUGAGCUGCUUGCUGCCUUGCCGGCCUCUUUGCACAAAGUCGAGGUGCCCGCCGCCUGGGUCGAGGCCGAUGCUACUGCCCCGGCGCAUGUGUUCAAGGCCAACAGCUUUGUCGCCUUCCAGAAGGACGAGCCGGAGCCGGCGCUGGCCGUCAACUCCUGGGAGGAGGCUGCGAAGGGUCUCGUAUUCAAGGAGGCCUACAGCACCCAGGCCGCUCUCCGCCCUGACCUUACCGUCAAGACAUAUACUAUUCGCGUUAAGGAGAACCGCCGCCUCACUCCCACGACGUACGACCGCAACAUCUUCCACAUUGAGUUCGACCUCGGGGACUCCGGUCUCACCUACAACAUCGGCGAGGCCCUCGGCAUCCACGCCGACAACGAUCCGGAGCAGGUGCUUGAAUUCAUCAAGUGGUAUGGCCUCGACGCCGACGCUCUUGUGCAGGUCCCUUCGCGCGAAGACCCUGCCGUCGCCGAGACCCGCACCGUCUAUCAAGCGCUUGUCCAGAACGUCGACAUCCUCGGCAAGCCGCCGAAGCGCUUCUUCGAGGCCCUCGCCGAGUUCGCCACCGAUGCAGAAGAGCGCAAGAAGAUCGAGUUCCUCGCAUCCAAGGAGGGCGCCGACGAGUUUAAGCGUCUGUCCGAGGUCGACACCGUCACUUAUGUCGACAUACUACAGAUGUUCCCGUCUGCUCACCCGGCUCUGCCCGACCUUGUGCGCAUCGUUGCUCCUCUCAAGCGCCGUGAGUACUCGAUUGCUUCAGCCCAGGCUGUCACACCUAACUCCGUUACCCUCAUGAUUGUCGUCGUCAACUGGGUUGAUGGCCGUGGCCGGAAGAGGUUGGGUCACGCCACCCGGUACCUGUCGGGUCUCAAGCCGGGAGCCCUGGUUACUGCCAGCGUCAAGCCUUCGGUCAUGAAGCUCCCUGCUCGCGACACCGCUCCUCUCAUCAUGGCCGGUCUUGGUACCGGUCUUGCCCCCUUCCGUGCCUUUGUCCAGUAUCGUGCCAUGCAGAAGGCCCAGGGCAAGGAGAUCGGUUCCAUCCUGCUAUACCUUGGCUCUCGUCACCAGCGCGAGGAGUACCUGUAUGGCGAGGAAUGGGAGGCCUAUCUCGACGCUGGCGUCAUCACUCUGCUUGGCGCUGCCUUCUCGCGUGACCAGCCCCAGAAGAUUUAUAUCCAGGAUCGCAUGCGUCAAACAAUGCCGGAGAUCGUCAAGGCCUACAUCAAGGAAGGCGGCUCGUUCUACCUGUGUGGUCCUACCUGGCCCGUGCCGGACGUCCAGGCCGUGCUGGAAGAGGCGAUUGCGAUCGAGGCCAAGGAGAGGGGUGUCAAGGUUGAGCCGAGGAAGGAAAUUGAGAGGUUGAAGGAGGACGGUCGCUAUGUUCUUGAGCGCAGCGAUCCCCAGGAUUUGCGGACCCCCCAGGUGGACGCGGCCCCGCGUGGGUUAGCCGGACUGUGGGGAAUGCGGCUGCUCGGCUCAAGGCUGCGGCUGGAAGCCGAGGCAAGGGACUCGGGUGAAGCAAUCCGUAUCCUGCCCAAUCACAAUCCCGCAGGGGAGACUGUCUCGCGGUAUGCUUCACGCGUCAACAGCACUCGGAGGGGUUAUGCGACUCCCGCUGAGCUUCAGAAAGAGUAUGCCUUUGAGAUGGCUGCUUCGUCGAUUCGUUUCGGACCUGGGGUGACGCAGGAAGUGGGUAUGGAUUUGAAGAACCUGGGCGCCAAGAAGGUUUGUGUGGUAACGGAUGAGACGGUUGACGGGUUGGAGGCUAUGAGAGUUGUGAGGGAGAGCCUCGACCGUGAGGGCAUCCCCUAUAUCGUCUUUAACAAAGUUCACAUCGAACCCAAAGACUAUUCCGUCAAGGCCGCAAUCAACUGGGUGCGCCCGCACGACCCCGACGCCUUCCUUGCCGUUGGUGGCGGCUCGGUCAUCGACACCGCCAAGCUGAUGAACCUGUACCUCUGUUACCCGGACGCCGACUUCCUUGACUUUGUCAACGCCCCCCUGGGGAAGGGUAGACCGAUUGACCGGAAGCUGCGUCCCUUUAUUGCUGUUCCGACCACGGCUGGUACGGGGUCCGAGACCACCGGCACUGCGAUUUUUGAUCUUGUCGAGAAGAAAGCCAAGACUGGCGUCGCGCACAGGAACCUCAAGCCGACCCUCGGCAUCUGCGACCCACACAAUACGAAGAGCAUGCCCUCUGCUGUCAGAGCGAGUUCCGGCUUGGAUGUCUUGUGCCAUGCGCUGGAGAGUUGGACAGCGAUUCCGUUUUAUGAGCGCACUCCAAGGCCGACGAAUCCGAUCUUGCGCCCGGCGUACCAAGGCGCGAACCCGAUCAGUGAUAUCUUCUCGCUAAACGCGCUAAAACAGUGUGUGAAGUAUCUACCGAGGUCUGUCAAGGACCCGGAGGACGAGGAAGCGUUGACAGAGAUGAUGCUCGCUGCUACGUUGGCGGGCGUUGGGUUUGGUAAUGCAGGCGUGCAUUUAUGCCAUGGCCGUAACCCAGGCUACCGUCAUGCAGGGUACAAGGUCCCCUCCCCUCUCAUUCCUCACGGUGUUUCUGUCGCGGUGUCCGCCCCGGCAGUCUUCCGCUUCACAGCUGCUUCGAACCCUGACCGGCAUCUUGAGGCCGCAAAGUGCUUCGGUGUCGACGUCACCAACGUCAAGCGCGAGAGCGCAGGCGAAGUGCUCGCCGAUGCAAUCAGGAAGUUCCUCGCCGAUCUGGGCGACCAGCCGAAGGGGCUGAAGGAUUUAGGGUUCGCUAAGAGCGACAUUGAGGGUCUCGUCGAAGGGACAUUGCCCCAGGCUCGGGUGUUGAGUCUUGCACCGGGCCUGGAGAGGGAUAAUCUAUUGAGGGAGAGGGAACAGUUGGCGAAGCUAUUUGAGGAGAGUUUGGAGCAUUAG